GGCGGGGUAAAGAGGGCCGUAUAUAAGAGCGGAGCGUGAUGGUGAGUCCAGUCACACUGUCGACAUGCUCCCCACCACACACACGCUCCUGCUGCUGCUCCUCUCUCUCGCCGUGAGGCGGAGUGUACAGCUGUGUGCCCCAGACUGCACAGGUACUGACCCCGAGACCUUCGUCAGAGACCCCACCGACUGCACCAGGUACUACGUCUGCAUCAAUGUCAACGGAGUGAAUACACCUUCGGAGGUCCCACUCCAGUGUACAGACGGAUAUUACUUCAACGAUGCCCACUCAAUUCCCCGGUGUGACCCCAUCGAAGGAGCCCCCGACGGCUUCUGCUCCCGGCUCUGUGACCCCUGCAUCCCAGACUGUAACGGGAACAACCCCGGCACCGAACAACCUAAUCCCACAGAUUGCUCUAAAUUUGUCGUUUGCCUGACAGAUCCUAACGUUUACUUAGAGAAUGAUUGUGACGUGGCAACCCCAUAUUAUGACUUUAAACACAGCAUCUGCCAGAGCGACGAGACCCUCUGCUACCCCUACUGUGAUAUCUGCGAGCCUCACUGUACCUACUCCGGCCAACGUGUUAUAGACCCCACCGACUGUCAUCAGUUCUACCUGUGCUCACCUCCGAACAAGUCGGUAUUCCUAUGUCCCCAGGAACAGGUGUUCAACACUGUGACUGGAGAGUGUGAGGAUGGUGCUGUCUGUGAAACUCUUUGUCCAAAUUAACAAGCACAACUAUUUUAACUUAUUGAAAUGUAUUGUUUUAAUAAACUUUAUUUACAUUGAUCUUAAAA